CUCAAAUUUAAGGAAGAUGAUCUUGCUUCUCACAGACUGUUUCGUCUUCACUGCUGCAUGAACCACCAGGACACCAGUUUAGCUGCUUUUAAAGAAACCAGAAGAGCGAAAAAACAAUGAUGCCUCAGAAGGUGCAGGGCCUCCUGGUCCUUGCUGCUCUGCUACUUUUCUCCACGGCUCCCAUAGAAACUAAAGUGGUGAAUUCAAUGGCAGAAUGUGCAGAAUUCUUUCUUCAGCGAACUCCACCCCGUAUCCCAGGAAUCUUGGAGGAAGGGAGAAUCCUGGACCAAAACAGAUACAAACCCAUUUGCCAGACAUAUAAUAACUUCAGAACAUUUGUGACACUUUACGACAUCAGGAACAAGAUCCCAGUGUUUUCUGCUGCCAAAUAUAAGGGGCAAGGUGGCGGGAGACCUAGAAAUCCAGCUUGGAACUUUGAACCACAGCUUGAGAACAACAUGAAACCAGCGGAGAAGAGCUUCAGCUAUGAAAACCAGGCUGGGACAAAAGAUUACAAACAACAAAACCCUAUUUUUGAUAGAGGGCAUUUAUUACCAAGCUCUUAUGGACUUACUGAAGAAGAAAUAAAUUCUACAUUCACUCUGACCAACAUUGUUCCACAACAAGCCACAUUCAACCAGGGAAGCUGGAAUAAGAUGGAGAGCUGUGUCAAAUGUGUUCUGGACAAAUACUGUAUCGACAAUAACGAUAACAAAGAGGCUUUUGUAGUAAUUGGAGCACAGCCGAGUGAUGGAAGGCUCCUCAACAACAAGAUUAAUAUUCCUUCCAUGCUCUGGUCAGCUUUCUGCUGCUACAGCAGUAGUCAGAAUAGAUGGCUCGCAAGUGCUCAUUGGGGUGAGAACGUUCCAGAGGAAAAGAAUAGUAAGAAGUAUCUGCAGACUAAGACCUUGGCAGAGCUUUUUAGUAAACUGGGUGGUCAGUUUAAUGUGUUUCCUGAAACACAUUGUCCUCUCGAAACAACUGUCUCUGAGUUUUACCCAAACCUUGAGAAUGAAUGUAAAUGCCCUCCACCUGAUUUAAGUACAACUGCUCCUCCUACAACUGCUUCUACAGAAGUUACUAUGUAAUCUGGCCCUCACAGUACAACAUCGGGUCUUUCUACCACCAAAUCUUCUCAUAGUACAACAUCUAGUCCUUUUAGUACCUCAACAGGUAUCUUAACUACCACACCUGAUAGUCCUUCAACGUCCCCUGCUUAUUACAUCAUUUACUGUUCGAGUCAGCCUCCCCACAAAGCUACUUCUCAUGUGGAGUUCUUUCACUAUUACCGGUAUUGCAGCAAAAGUGUGUCUGGGACAAGUAAAAGUACGUAGGUUUUAUUACGGGAGAGGUAUUGAAUACAGAAUUACUUGCAAGUAAUGAGAGUGGUCGUCCCAACUCGCGUGAAGUCGAGAGAGACUCUGGGCAGGCAAGAGGAAAAACAAUAGUUAUACAUUUCUGUAGAAAGAAUCCUCCUUC